UCAUGUUUGUCAAACUGCAUGUAUAAAAAAUAUACUUUUUGAAAUUUAUGUUAUCAAACUACAUACAUAAAAAAUAUACCACAUAAAAAUCCUUUCUACUGUUAUAACCUUAGAAAUGUAUUUUGACAUAACUUUCAGUUUUAUUGGUGUUUGGCAAAUUGAAUAUGGUUAUUUAAAAGAGAAAGGGGAAGUAAUGUAAAAUUGCAUGUUUUGCGUAUUAUCAAUACUUUUCGUUCAAAAAAUAACUAGACGUACGCAAGCUUAAAUUUAAAAUUAAAAAGGUGGCUCUAUUUAAGUUAAUGAUUUUAUCCAACUUUUUAGUUUCAAGAACAUCUACAUAAAUAUAAAUAAAAAGCUAACUACGAUGAGUUCCUAUACCCACGCCGAUCCAAUUGCUUUAAGCUUUUAUGAAACUUGUUUACGGAUGUCGGAUAUACAACUACUGCAGGGUCCUCAUUGGUUAAACGAUCAAAUCAUUUCAUUUUAUUAUGAAUAUCUUGAACGAGUAAAAUAUAAAAAUAAUCCAGAUCUAUUAUUUGUGCCGCCAGAAGUUACCCAAUGUAUGAAAUUUGCCGAUGACGGUGAGUUGGAGACGUUGUUAAAUCAGUUAGAGGCACCAAAGAAACCCUUCAUAUUCUUUGUAUUAAAUGAUAAUGAAUCAGCCCAAGCGGGCGGAACACACUGGUCCUUGUUGGUAUUCUCGAGACCAGAAAAGUCCUUCUUCCACUUUGAUUCUUGGGGUAAUAACAAUUCAAACGCCUCACAUCAGUUUGUACAGCGCAUAAAAGAAGCCUUAAAUUGUCGCAUUUGCCAAAUUAAGCCUAUUAGGUGUUUGCAACAGGCUAAUGGUUACGACUGUGGCAUUCAUGUGAUCUGUAUGACAGACAACAUUGCCGAUAAUGUCAAUCGCUAUGAAUGCGUUGAAGGUGUGGGGCAUUUACACCAGGAUACUAUCUCAGCUAAAAGGUCAGAUCUUUUAAAAUUGAUACAGUCCCUCGGCGGUAAAAUUUAAAUAUUUACUAUUUGCACAUACAUAUAUGUAGGUACAUAUGCAUUAAUUUUACUCAUUCUAAUUUUCAUCAUAAAUAUUAUUUUUACAAAAUUAAUUCAUGAAAUUAUUACAUUUUUCAUUAAACUAAAGCUUCGACCAUUUUCGUAUUAAAUAAUAAUUCUUUUGAAUAAAAUUUUUAUUUUUAGAUUUAAGCUCUUUAAUUUUCUAAAUUUGUACAAUAUGAUAUUAACACCGUUCUUUGUUUCAUUAUUAAACUGCAUUAAAUUACUAAAAAACUACAUUACAAAACAUAAACAAACACAAAAUUUAAUAAAAAAUCUAAUAAUUUAUAAAUA